AUGUUCGGAAGCAGCAACACCGUCCGUUCAAUCAAGAGUCUGUCCGACAUCGAUGAUGAGCGACUUUAUCUCGUUGAUCACAGGUACAAUGCAUGUUGGCUUCCAUUGAUUGCUAAACAUUCAGAGUCUAAAAUCACUAAAGGACCUUUAGUUGUUCCUCUUGAUUGUGAAUGGAUUUGGCAUUGUCACAGACUUAAUCCGGUUAGAUACAAACCAGAUUGUGAAGAAUUCUAUGGAAGGAUUCUUGACAACUCUAAUGUUGUCUAUUCUAUUAAUCAAGGAACCUCAAGAAAGGAAACAGAAGAAACAUGGAACAAAUUAUACCCUAAUGAACCCUAUGAGUAUGACAUGUCACGUGCUUCAUCAAGUGAAUUUUCAGAAACUUUAUAUAAUGGAGGAACUCAAAGCUUUUCCAAAUAUGAUUUUGUUUUAGCUGUUGAAAGACAAAGCCCCUUCUUUUACCAGGCCUCAUUUCAAGAAAGAUCUAUUCCUUCAAGAAGCUGUAGCAAGAUACAAAGGUUUUCUACAUCUCAUAAGGAGAAACAAUGA